AUGACAAUUUCCGCACAGCGGAAAGGCAAAAAUAACUCCAAAAGAAGCGAGUCAGCCACCGACAUCACAGCUGACUAUUCGGGAUAUUCCUUCACGGCGCAACUCGACACGAUGGUACUCACAACAGCUAGAAUGGCCGUCACUCUGAUCGGUGCUGGUACCCAGGGACGACGCCUUGCUUUUAUGUGGUCGAGUACAGGCAAUGAUGUCCAUUUGGUCGACAGCCAAGAGUCUCAACUCCUGGCCAGCCUCGAAGCUAUUGAUGAUUUUCAAAAGAGUUCCAACAAAGAAUAUGCUUCAUGGGGGAAAAUAAUCACCCAUUCAAGAGAAACACUAUGUGAGGCACUUCAAGCCGCAUGGUUGGUAGUAGAGUGUGUUCCCGAGAGACUUGACCUCAAACAAAAGGUCAUAUCUGAGCUAGAUUCUAUCGCCCCAAAACAGACAAUUAUUGCCUCAAAUUCUAGCAGUUACUCCUGUUCUGAAAUAUUGAAAGGCCUUGACUUGAAGCAUGAAAGCCGGUUCUUGAGUGCUCAUUCUUAUUGGCCGCCUGAAGUACCAGAAAUCGAGAUCAUGGGUCACGGAACCACAGAUCCUUCGCAUAUUGAUCUAAUGAUGGAGCAAUGCAAAUCCCACGGCUUUUCUCCCUUUCACGUCAAAAAGCCAUCGAUGGGGUACAUCUACAAUAGAAUAUGGGCAGCUAUCAAGAGAGAAGCCCUUCUUACAGCAGCAGAGGGCGUCGCAACUCCUGAGGAAAUUGAUGGCAUCUUCAAAGGAGUUCUGAAGACACCCAAAGGACCCUUUGAACAGAUGGAUUUGGUGGGACUAGACGUUGUUAUGGACAUAGAGCAGCACUAUGCUGAUGCGAGGGGAAAUAUUUCCAGCGAACCCCGAGAAUAUCUGCAGAAGUUCCUAGAUGAAGGCAACCUGGGUAUCAAAAGUGGACGAGGGUUUUACGAUUAUACUAGAAGAUAA